GAAGAGAGAGAAACAUAGACAAUUAUAUGUAUAGCUUCUCUCUCUAUAUCUCUCUCUGCUUUUGGUGGUGAGCUUCUUCUUCUUCUCCUUCUUUGCUCGCUCGCUUCCAUUUCACGAAACCAAUUGAUACUCUAAGCUGCCCCUACAUUUCUCUCUCCUUCGCUUUCUCUCUCUUAAGGAGGGUUGAUGAUUUAAACUGUGUUUCUGAGGCAGAUCUGGAGAAGGGCAGGUUUCUUGGUUGAUUUUCUUUGGAAUUGUGAAGUAAAGCAAAGCUGGCGGCGACACUGUCUUGGAGGUUUGCCAGCAAUGGCAGCAGCCUUGCCACUAAUGAUUUGGAAAGAAAUGGUGAUAUGAAAGUUCAAGAUUCAGAGCCUCCAACUCCACUUUCUGUUGCAAAGAUGGGGUCAAGAGAUCGUAGUGGCAUGGAGGAUCCAGAUGGGACAUUGGCAAGCGUUGCCCAAUGCAUUGAGCAACUACGACAGAGUUCCUCAUCUAUACAAGAGAAGGAGUAUUCAUUGAAGCAAUUGCUGGAACUUGUUGAUACACGUGAAAAUGCUUUCAGUGCUGUUGGAUCUCACUCCCAGGCAGUACCAGUGCUUGUUUCUCUUCUUCGAUCAGGAUCGCUUGGUGUGAAGAUACAAGCUUCUACUGUAUUAGGUUCUCUAUGUAAGGAGAAUGAACUGCGGGUAAAGGUCUUGCUUGGUGGAUGCAUUCCACCUUUGCUUGGUUUACUCAAGUCAAGUUCAGCAGAAGGUCAAGUUGCUGCAGCAAAGACUAUUUAUGCAGUUUCUCAAGAUGGUGCUAGGGAUCAUGUUGGAUCAAAAAUAUUUUCAACUGAAGGGGUUGUGCCAGUGCUUUGGGACCAGCUAGGAAAUGGACACAAGAAUGGUAAUUUAGUUGAUGAGUUGUUGACUGGGUCACUAAGGAACCUUUCAACUAGCACAGAGGGAUUCUGGACAGCAACAUUACAAGCUGCAGGAGUGGAUAUACUUGUAAAGUUGCUGAAAACUGGACAGUCAAGCACUCAAGCUAAUGUUUGCUUUCUUCUGGCAUGUGUGAUGAUGGAGGAUGCAUCUGUUUCUUCUAAGGUACUUGCUGCAGAGGCAACCAAACAACUACUCAAGCUCUUGGGACCUGGUAAUGAUGCUCCUGUUAGAGCAGAAGCUGCAGGGGCUCUUAAAUCUCUCUCUUCUCAGUGCAAAGAAGCAAGACGUGAGAUAGCUAAUUUUAAUGGUAUUCCGGUUCUAAUAAAUGCUACAAUAGCCCCUUCAAAAGAAUUUAUGCAGGGUGAGUAUGCUCAAGCAUUGCAGGAGAAUGCUAUGUGUGCUUUAGCAAACAUUUCUGGUGGUUUAUCAUAUGUCAUAUCAAGUCUUGGUCAAAGCCUUGAAUCAUGUUCUUCACCUGCCCAAGUUGCUGACACCUUAGGGGCUUUAGCUUCGGCUCUGAUGAUAUAUGAUAGCAAAGCAGAAUCAACUAGAGCUUCAGAUGCGUUGGAUGUUGAGCAGACUUUGCUUACACAAAUCAAACCUCGGUUGCCAUUUCUUGUGCAGGAACGAACUAUAGAAGCCCUGGCCAGUUUAUAUGGAAAUCCUAUACUCUCAACUAAACUUGCAAAUUCUGAUGCAAAACGUUUGCUUGUUGGUUUGAUCACAAUGGCAACAAAUGAAGUUCAGGAUGAGCUUGUAAGAGCACUUCUUACACUUUGCAACAAUGAUGGAAGUCUAUGGCGUGCACUUCAGGGCCGUGAAGGGGUUCAACUCUUGAUAUCUCUUCUUGGACUUUCAUCUGAACAGCAACAGGAAUGUGCAGUUGCACUUCUUUGUCUGUUAUCUAAUGAAAAUGAUGAAAGUAAAUGGGCUAUUACUGCUGCUGGUGGCAUCCCUCCUCUGGUUCAGAUUUUAGAAACUGGGUCUGUGAAAGCCAAAGAAGAUUCAGCAACAAUCCUUAGGAAUCUCUGCAAUCACAGUGAAGAUAUACGUGCAUGUGUUGAAAGUGCUGAUGCUGUUCCUGCACUUUUAUGGCUUCUCAAGAAUGGAAGUCCUAACGGGAAAGAAAUCGCAGCUAAGACUUUGAAUCAUUUAAUCCACAAAUCUGAUACUGCAACAAUUAGCCAGCUGACUGCAUUAUUAACCAGUGAUCUUCCUGAUUCUAAAACAUAUGUUUUGGAUGCAUUAAGAAGUAUGCUUUCUGUGGUUCCUCUCAAUGAUAUAUUGCGUGAAGGUAGUGCUGCUAAUGAUGCAAUUGAGACAAUUGUUAAAAUUUUGAAUUCAACCAAAGAAGAGACUCAAGCCAAGUCUGCAUCUGCUUUAGCUGGAAUAUUUGAAUCUAGGAAAGAUUUACGUGAAAGUGGCUUUGCUGUUAAAACUCUUGGGUCAGUUAUGAAGUUGCUUAAUGUUGAAUCUGAAAAUAUCCUGGUUGAGGCCUCACGUUGCCUUGCUGCAAUCUUUCUUUCAAUCAAGGAGAAUAGAGAUGUGGCUGUUGUUGCUAGAGAUGCGUUGUCUCCAUUAAUUAUCCUUGCUAAUUCUUCUGCUCUAGAUGUUGCAGAGCUGGCAAUGUGUGCUUUGGCAAAUAUUAUUCUGGAUAAUGAAGUUUCAGAGAAGGCAGUAGCUGAAGAAAUUAUUCUGCCUGCUACAAGGGUUUUGCGUGAGGGUACUGUCUCCGGUAAAACCCAUGCUGCAGCAGCAAUUGCUCGUCUCCUUCAGUCUCGCCAAAUUGACUUUGCAAUAAAUGAUUGUGUUAAUCGUUCUGGAACUGUUCUUGCAUUAGUUUCUUUUAUAGAAUCUGCUAACAGUGGAUCUAUUGCCACAACAGAGGCACUGGAUGCACUUGCAAUUCUGUCCAGGUCUGGUGGAGUUAAUGGGCAGAUCAAACCUGCAUGGGCAGUUUUGGCUGAAUACCCCAAAAGCAUAACCCCUAUAGUUUUAUCUAUUGCCGAAGCAUCACCCACACUGCAGGAUAAGGCUAUUGAAAUAUUGUCACGACUUUGCAGAGAUCAGCCUGUUGUUCUCGGAGACACAGUUGCUAUUGCCACUGGAUGUAUAUCAUCAAUUGCCAAAAGGGUGAUCAAUUCUACAAACUCGAAAGUUAAAAUUGGAGGAGUUGCACUUCUUAUUUGUGCUGCAAAAGUUAGUCACCAGAGAGUGGUGGAAGAUCUUAGUCAGUCAAAUUCAUGCGCCCUUCUCAUUCAAUCUCUUGUAAUGCUCAGUUCUUCUCAGUCUUCUACAGAAAAUAUAGUGGUUAAUGACAAAGAGUCCAUUGGCAUUUUCAGACAUACUAAAGAAGAAACAAGGAAAGAUGAAUCUGCUAUGAGCACAGCAGUUAUUUCUGGUGUUGAUUUAUCUAUAUGGUUACUCUCUGUACUUGCCUGUCAUGAUGAAAAGAGCAAAAAAGUUAUUAUGGAGGCUGGAGCUGUUGAAGUCCUCACAGACAGGAUCUCAAAUUGUUCUUCUCGCUAUUCUCAGAUUGAUUUUCAAGAAGAUAACAGCAUAUGGAUUUGUGCUUUAUUGCUAGCAAUUUUGUUCCAAGACAGAGAUAUCAUAAGAUCACAUGCAACCAUGAAAAGUAUCCCAGCAGUUGCCAGCAUGUUGAGGUCAGAGGACUCAACAAACAGAUAUUUUGCUGCUCAGGCGGUGGCCAGUCUUGUUUGCAAUGGUAGCAGGGGAACACUUCUAUCUGUUGCAAACUCUGGUGCAGCAGGUGGGCUUAUUUCUCUACUUGGCUGUGCUGAUGGUGAUAUAAGCGAUCUUCUUGAUUUGUCAGAGGAGUUUGGUUUGGUGCGUUAUCCUGAUCAGGUGGCUCUUGAGAGGUUGUUUAGAGUCGAUGACAUAAGGGUUGGUGCUACUUCUCGGAAAGCGAUACCUUUACUUGUUGAUCUUCUUAAACCUAUUCCUGAUCGUCCUGGGGCACCAUUUCUGGCACUUGGGAUUCUGACUCAGCUUGCAAAGGACUGUCCAUCAAACAAAAUUGUCAUGGUAGAGUCGGGAGCUUUGGAGGCUCUGACUAAGUAUCUAUCACUUGGUCCCCAAGAUGCAACUGAGGAAGCUGCUACUGAUCUAUUAGGUCUUCUCUUCAGCAGUGCUGAAAUCAGAAAACAUGAAUCUGCAUUUGGUGCUGUUGGUCAACUUGUAGCAGUUUUACGGUUAGGAGGAAGGGCAGCCAGGUAUAGUGCUGCCAAAGCACUCGAAAGCCUGUUUUCUGCUGAUCAUAUAAGGAAUGCUGAAACUGCCCGCCAAGCUGUUCAACCCUUGGUAGAGAUUCUCAAUACUGGCCUGGAAAGAGAACAACAUGCUGCUAUUGCUGCACUUGUUAGGUUGUUGAGUGAAAACCCAUCAAGAGCCCUUGCAGUAGCAGAUGUUGAAAUGAACGCUGUAGAUGUUCUUUGCAGAAUCCUUUCAUCUAGCUGUUCAAUGGAGCUGAAAGGAGAUGCUGCUGAAUUGUGUUGUGUUCUUUUUGGAAAUACAAGAAUCAGGUCGACAAUGGCUGCUGCACGAUGUGUUGAACCUUUGGUGUCUCUUCUUGUAAGUGAGUUCAGUCCUGCACAGCAUUCAGUUGUCCGUGCGUUGGAUAAGCUCGUUGAUGACGAGCAACUGGCAGAACUGGUUGCUGCUCAUGGUGCAGUUAUUCCUCUUGUUGGCCUUCUCUAUGGUAAGAAUUACUUGCUUCAUGAGGCUAUUUCUAGAGCUCUUGUGAAGCUAGGGAAAGACAGGCCUGCUUGUAAGAUGGAAAUGGUGAAAGCUGGAGUGAUUGAAAGCAUACUUGAUAUCCUGCACGAAGCUCCAGAUUUUCUCUGUGCAGCUUUUGCAGAAUUGCUACGGAUAUUGACCAACAAUGCUAGCAUUGCUAAGGGAACAUCUGCUGCAAAAGUGGUUGAGCCUCUUUUUGUGUUGUUAACAAGAUCAGAAUUUGGUCCUGAUGGGCAGCAUAGUGCGUUACAAGUUCUUGUUAAUAUUUUAGAGCAUCCACAAUGUCGUGCUGAUUAUACUUUAACAUCCCACCAAGCAAUCGAACCACUUAUCCCGUUACUUGAUUCUCCUUCUCCGGCAGUACAACAGUUGGCAGCAGAGCUUCUAUCGCAUUUACUUUCAGAGGAACAUCUACAAAAGGAUCCUGUUACUCACCAAGUGAUUUCUCCCCUAAUACGCGUUCUCGGCUCUGGUAUUCACAUAUUGCAGCAAAGAGCUGUGAAAGCUCUUGUUAGUAUAGCACUAACAUGGCCUAAUGAAAUCGCAAAAGAGGGUGGUGUUAUAGAACUGUCCAAAGUGAUACUGCAAAGUGAUCCUUCCCUUCCCCAUGCUUUGUGGGAGUCUGGCGCUUCUGUUUUAUCCAGUAUUCUGCAAUUUAGCUCUGAAUUUUAUUUGGAAGUCCCUGUUGCUGUGUUGGUAAGGUUGCUUCGUUCUGGAUCAGAAGGUACGGUAACUGGUGCUUUGAAUGCUCUGCUAGUUCUGGAGAGUGAUGAUGCAACCACUGCUGAGGCAAUGGCGGAAAGCGGUGCCAUAGAGGCUCUGUUGGAACUUCUCAGAUGCCACCAGUGUGAGGAGACUGCUGCAAGACUAUUGGAAGUACUGUUGAACAAUGUGAAGAUUAGAGAAACUAAAGUUACAAAGGCUGCUAUCUUACCAUUGUCUCAGUACCUCUUGGAUCCCCAAACCCAAGCUCAGCAAGCAAGAUUACUGGCUACUUUGGCUCUUGGUGAUCUAUUUCAGAAUGAGGGCCUUGCUCGAAGUGCUGAUGCUGUUUCAGCUUGCCGUGCUUUGGUUAAUGUGCUUGAAGAACAACCAACUGAAGAAAUGAAAGUUGUAGCCAUAUGUGCCUUGCAAAAUCUUGUCAUGUAUAGCCGAUCUAAUAAAAGAGCGGUUGCCGAGGCUGGUGGGGUUCAGGUUGUGUUGGAUUUGAUUGGUACCAGUGAUCCAGAAACAGCUGUUCAGGCUGCAAUGUUUGUUAAACUUUUAUUUUCAAAUCAUACGAUUCAAGAGUAUGCUUCUAGUGAAACUGUCAGAUCCAUCACUGCUGCUAUCGAGAAAGAUUUGUGGGCCACUGGAACUGUAAAUGAGGAGUACCUGAAGGCUCUUAAUUCUCUUUUUGGCAAUUUCCCACGUUUGAGAGCCACUGAACCUGCAACACUAAGUAUUCCUCAUCUUGUUACUUCCCUCAAGACAGGGUCAGAGGCGACUCAAGAGGCUGCCUUGGAUGCACUUUUUCUUCUUAGGCAAGCUUGGUCAGCUUGCCCAGCUGAAGUUUCUAGGGCACAGUCUAUCGCUGCUGCAGAUGCCAUUCCCUUGCUCCAAUACCUGAUCCAGUCUGGUCCACCAAGAUUUCAGGAGAAGGCAGAGUUUUUAUUGCAAUGUUUACCAGGAACAUUGGUGGUCAUAAUCAAGCGUGGGAACAAUAUGAAGCAGUCAGUUGGAAACCCUAGUGUCUUUUGCAAGCUUACACUUGGCAACACUACACCCAAACAAACCAAGAUUGUUUCAACUGGCCCUAACCCAGAGUGGGAUGAGAGCUUUACCUGGUCUUUUGAGAGCCCUCCCAAAGGCCAGAAACUUCAUAUAUCAUGCAAGAACAAGAGCAAAAUGGGAAAGAGUUCGUUCGGGAAAGUAACUAUCCAGAUUGAUCGGGUAGUGAUGCUGGGAGCAGUGGCUGGAGAGUACACCUUGUUGCCAGAAAGCAAAAGUGGGCCAUCCCGGAAUUUAGAAAUUGAGUUCCAAUGGUCUAACAAGUAAAAAACAUAAAAAUACUGAAAAUUUGUUGUUCUACUGCACAUUGAGUUAUUGAUAGAAUUCAUAUUUGGAGGGGAAUUAUUUCUUUCUUAUUCUUUAUUUUCCCAUUUUGGGUUAUUUAUCACAUCCUUGUAAAUAAUGUACCAAAGAUUUUGAUAUAUGCCUUUUUGUUUCUUUCUUGUUCACAGUCUCGAGUGUAGUCAUUGGUGAAUGUAAUAUUUUGUAACUUGAUUUGCCUGAGAAAAUGUAAGCUUUUGAUGUUGUGUGAUUGGUCAA